UCUUCUCCUUCUUUGGCUGAAUUUUCUCAGUUAGCUUUAUGAGGUAGAAUCACCUAAAAUUCAGGCUUUCAGUUAACAGCUGUGCUGAACUCAUCAAGAGUUAAUUACUUGAAUUUCUUGUCUCUUAAUAAAGUGUUUGAGAGCAUCAGUUAAAGUAAAGUAGUGAAGAGGUAGAGUUACAGGUAUACAGUGAAUAGUGAAUAUUUGAGUAAUGUUCUAAUAUCUCAUGUUAUGAUAAGCAAGAACUUCUCAAGUAAUAAAGAAAAAAAAAUGAUUUUAAGAAAUAAAUGUUAUAAUGAUGGAACUGGCACCCAUCAGGGUCGCCUCAGAAAUCGCAAGUUCCCAGCUCCCCAGAUAAGAGUAUUUUUGUUAGUUUAAAACGUUUAAAUUCCUAUGUGAUUCUGUGUGUGUUCACAGCCUGGAUCACUAUUCACAUUGUAGAAUUGUAGAACUAUUCAUAUUCACAAUGUAGAAAAAUAAGACAAAAAUAAAAAAUAAAUUGAAUUGAAUAAGAAGGCGUAUCCAAACUUUUGACUGGUCCUGUAUAUAAUAUGUAUAAUAUAUAACUAUUAUAAUAUGACGAAAGUAAAGGCUAAAAGAACAUAAAGUAGCUAGGUUAACAAAAAAAUAUAUAUAUUACGAAUCACUUUUUGGAAUAAGUGAAUCUACUCUUUUGAAUCGCGCCCAGCCCUCUGUACCCAAAUCUCCUACAUAUCUAAGAUACACUCAGAUUUACGAGAUAUAAUAGAGAUGUUGUUUGGAAUCGAGUUCAGUGCUUUGAAUUAGACUCCCUGCUCCCAAAUUGUUUGAAAUCAGUGAAUCGACUCUUUGAAUCGCUUCAGUUCUACAGUUCUACACUCCCCUUUUCACCCAAAUCUUCUAACAAGCUUCGUAUUUAGGAUUUACUGGAUAAUCUCAGGAUUUCUGCAGAGUUUUUUCCUGAUGAUCUUCUGCUGACCCUCUGAUUUCUCUUCCAGAUCAGCAGCUGUGGGUGUUCGGUGGCUCCUCUGCUGUUCCGGUGUGGAUGAUCUGAUUGGUCCAUGGCUCGAGUGCUAAGCCUCUCCCGCUCUGUUCAUCACUGGCGCCCCCUGUGGGCAGGAGGACCGGCCGCUGCCCGGGUCAGGAGGAUGUCGUCUCUGGAGGAGCGAGCGAGGGUGGUGUUCGCGGCGGCGGUGGAGGGGGUGCAGCCGGACAGCGUGGUCCGCAGGGGGCUGCAGCGCCGCGGGGACGAGCUGCUCGUGGACGGACGCAGUUUCAGGCUCAGUAAUAAUCUGCACCUGGUGGGCUGCGGGAAAGCUGUGCUGGGGAUGGCGGCGGAGGCAGAGAGGAUUGUGGGAGAUCAUCUGGUUCAGGGUCUGAUUAGUGUUCCUCACGGUAUUCAGGAAACACUGCAGCAUCAUGGGAAACAGAACAUGUUGCUCGGGAGCAGCAGCAGAAUUAAAGUGAUGGAAGGAGCCAAACACAACCUGCCAGACGCCAACGCCCAGAAAUCAGCAGAGAGCAUCCGUGAACUCGUCAGCUCUCUCACUGAGAGAGAUCUGCUGCUCGUUCUUAUUUCAGGUGGUGGCUCUGCUCUUUUACCUGCUCCAGUUCCACCAAUAACCUUACAGGAGAAACAGGAUGUGACGCGUCGGCUGGCGGCUGCAGGGGCCACGAUUCAGGAGCUGAACACGGUGCGGCGAGCUCUGUCUCUGCUGAAAGGUGGAGGCCUGGCCCGCUGUGCUUACCCUGCCCAGGUGGUGUCUCUCGUUCUGUCUGACGUCAUUGGAGAUCCUCUGGACCUCAUCGCCAGCGGUCCUACAGUUCAGAGCGAGGUGCAUCCUGAGGAGGUGUGGUCCAUCCUGGAGAGAUAUAACCUGUCUGUCUCUCUCCCCUCGUCUGUUAAAGAGGCUCUGAAUAAAUCCAGCAGCUCUCAGGGUGAAGGGGAGUCUGGGAAACGCACACAGGACUCCACAGCAGGAGACCACGUUCUGAACUCUGUGAUCGGGUCCAACACCAUCGCUCUGGAGUGCGCCGGCCGCAGGGCUCGGGAGCUGGGCCUCAGGACGGUGGUGCUGUCUCCGGGAGUGUGCGGAGACGUUCGUACCGUGGCUCGUCUGUACGGCCUGCUGUCUCAGUACGCCUGUUCUCCAGGUAAAGAACCUCCUCUAGAGCUGCAGGAACAGAUCCUGAAGGUGGGACCAGAAGCAGGGGUGGAGAGCUGGGACCUGUGCCGCACUAUGAAGCUCCUGGAAGAGGGUCGAGAGGAAGGAUGGUGCGCUACCUGCUUGCUGGCAGGAGGAGAGCCCACUGUGCAGCUGACGGGGAAGGGUAGAGGAGGGAGGAAUCAGGAGCUGGCUCUGCGGGUCGGGCUGGAGCUCAGUGCCGGAUCGAUGAAGAACCCUGCCGUGUUCCUCAGCGGAGGAACCGACGGGCAGGAUGGCCCUACUGACGCAGCCGGGGCAGUUAGUGACGCAGAGCUGGAAGCAGAGGCCAAGAAUCAGGGCCUGGACAUUAACAGCUUCCUCAGCAAUAAUGAUUCUUUCACCUUUUUCUCUCGUCUUUCUGACGGGAGGAGGCUACUUCUUCCAGGACUCACAGGUACCAACGUGAUGGACGUUCACGUCAUGUUGCUGCCGCCUGCCUCAGAGUGAGAGAGUGACUGAAUAACUGAAUGACUGACUGAAAGGAAGUAUUCAGUUCUCAUCUUAUUGCAGUCUUACGUUUGUGAAAUUACAUUUAAGACUAAACCACUUUUUAAUUCCACUCAAAUUAAGACCAUUUUAAGACCAACAUAGCUAAAAGUACAAAAAACACUAGAUCAUGAUGAUCAUGAUGAUGGCUUAACCCACUACACAUUGCACGUGUUGCUAUAUGGCUGUUUUAUUUUUUUUAUUAUAGGGCGCACCAAUUAUAAGGCACAUUUUAAGCAACACUAGUCACUUUGGAUGUUAAUCUACACAGAUUUCUCUCCUGCAAACUGUUUAUUUAGAGGUUAUUAAAAUUAAAGUGCAUCUGGUUAUCAACAGUAAGCUUAGAUUUCCAACAUUUUGUCUAAGGGUGAGUUUCAGUGAAGUUUCUGCAGCACUAAGGCUGGGUGCAGCAGCAUUAGCAUUAGCUGCUAAUGCAGAACGAGUGGGGCAUAAACGCUGCUUUCGGUAACUCAGGGCAAUAUCAGCUAGCGGUUCGUCCCAUGUAGCUUGUUUUCGCCUCUAAACGGAGAAAGAGCUAGCGCUGAGGUUAUCGGCUAAUGCUAAUGCUGCUCCAGCCUUAGUGCUGCACUGCAACUCCUGUAUAACUCUGUACUUCAGUGGAGUGGCUUUACUGCUCCUUAAUUCCUGACAGGUAGAAUUCAUAUAUAAGGAGCACCAGAUUAUAAGGUGCAGUGACGAUUUUUAGGAAAAUGCAAGGAUUUUAAGUGCACCUUACAGUGCAAAAAAUAUGUAUUUUUUUUAUCUUUUUAAGUCUAAAAAUAUAUACAUUUUUAUAACUGAUGUCGCAAAGCAGUUUUACAGAAAUGUGGUGGCAGGACAGAGAAUCAGACAAAACAUUUAACAUGCAGUACAGAACCCAAUACAGAAAAGUGGGCAGUCAAUAACUCAGUCAGAGGAAAGUAAAGAGAUGGAAAUUCAAAUUCAAAUUCAAAGAGUUUAUUGUCAUAUGUACAGUACAGAAACGGGUUUCAGUGUACAAUGAAAUUCUUUCUUUGCUCUUCGCCAAGAAUGCCAAAUAGAAGAUAGAAAAAGUGCAAAAAAAUACAAUAAGGUUAUAAAUAUUAAACUAAUUGUCAAAGACAUAAAAAAAAAUAAAAGUUACUUAAGCAAAGAAAUGUAUAAAAAAAAGUGCAAGUGCGAAAUAAUGCAGUUAUGGACAAUAACUAUAUAUAUUAAAAAAAGAUUAACAGUAAAGUGACGGCUGCAAUGUAAACAUGUUGAAGUAAAAAGCAGGGUUAUUCCUGAGUUGUGUUCAAGAGUCUGAUCGCAGGGUUAUACCUGAGGUGUGUUUAGAGUCUGAAGGCAGGGUCAUUCCUUAGGUGUGUUCAAGAGUCUGAUGGCCGUGGGGAAGAAACUGUUCUUUAACCUGGUGGUCUGGCAUUUUACACUUCUGUACCUCCAGCCUGAGGGCAGAAGUGUGAACAGUCCAUGCUGGGGAUGGGUGGAGUCUUUGAGGGAAAAAAAUGGCACAGACGAGCUAUGAUUGGAUUCAUGGAGUAUAAAGGAUGUGAUCAGAUUAUCAGAGAGUGGUUAACAACUUCAACAGAUCUGAAUAAAACAGAGAGAGAGCCAGAAGGUAACACAGACACGGAGGCACCCUGAAACACUGGCAUCAACCCACCUAAAAUCUGUUAUAAUAAGUAUACAAACCUACUAAACAAAAACCCGCACUAAAAUGCCAAAUAAUUACCUGAUAAAUGAUCUUUUACUCAAUGAUAAAAUCUAAGUUGUCCCUUAAGUUUUCAUAGUUUCAUUGAAGCUUUCAAAGUGUUUAUUCUGUUGCUAAAUCAGUAAGAUGAUUUGCAUUCAAAAUCUAGGAAUUGCUAAAUGUGAUGCAAGAAAAUAAAACCAAAAUUGUAUUUAAUGUCUGUGCCAUUUUUAAGACCUUUAGGAGAUAGAUUUAAACAUGUAAAGAUAAAUGAAGCUUUUUUUAAAGACUUAAAAACCAGGGUUAUUCCACCAAAUACUGAUUCCUGAACUCUUUAAAAACUCUAAAACUUAUUAUGAAUAUGAACUUGUUUGUUUUCUUUGCAUUAUUUGAGGUCUGAAAGCUCUGCAUCUUCUUUUGUUGUUAUUUCAGCUGUUUCUAAUUUUCUGUAAAUAAAAGCUCUAAAUGAGAAUAUUUUUAUUUGGAAUUUGGGAGAAAUGUUGUCUGUAGUUUAUAGAAUAAAACAACAAUGUUCAUUUUACUCAAACAUAAACCUAUAAAUAGCAAAAUCAGAGAAACUGAUUCAGAAACUGAAGUGCUCUCUUCAUUUUUGUCCAGAGCUGUAGAUUGAGUCUCUGUUUCAGUUGUGAAGAAAAGAUCUGGAGCUGUAAGAAAAACAUUCCUAAUGUGGUAAAAUAAGUAAAGUGGGCUGACUUGUUUGUGCAGCACAGCAGUGGCAGUGAACUACAGAACAAACCUGGGGUAUUCUUAAACUUUCGACUCGUAGUGCAUAUGAUUUUUUUUUUUAUUUUUUUUUUAAACUUUGUACACUAAUUUCUCUCUAUAACCGUCCUUUUUCCUCACUUUGAAAUGUGUUAUUAAAAUCUUAUCAGAAUAUUGACAAGACAAGACAAUCUGUAUGACUGAUGUUUUUUAUUUUGUUAAUGUUUAUUAAAGUUUUUUUCACAGCAAAA